UUCACAACUCGUCUGUGAUUUAACCGUAGAAACAGCUGAUUCGAAGCGAAGUGACAAAAUCUAAUAACGUAUAUUUACUACUUAUUUUUUAUCUAUUUGAUAUCAGGUAACUCAGGAGUGUUAAACAAUUAAUUCUUAAGUGGAAAAUGUAUUACCGAAAAAGGGGACUCUUAGAAAAUACUGAAUUUCGAUUGAUUGUGCCCUAUUAUAAGGGUUUUCAGCUUUGUUUUCAUUUUACAUUUGGCCACCUGUGAAUUAGUAUCAUAAUAGUUAUAGUAACUCUAGUUAACAAUGGCAAAUAAUGAAAAAAUGUUUGUCUGUUCCUCAUCUGAUUGCAACAUGGAGGAGUAUGGCAUAAGUCUUUGGUUAUUUAAAUAGUUUUUCUUUAUUAUAUCAGAGUUUCACAAAUGAGGAUCAAUUAACAGUGCACAAAAAAAAGCAUGAUAUGAUGUUAAAUCUGGGAAGCAGUUCUAAGAAUGGAGGGUUUGUUGCUGAUCAAACACCAACACCAACCAGGUUCAUUAGGAACUGUGAAGAAGUUGGGUUGUUUCAAGAUUUACAAAAUGUCAAUCCAUUCGAAGAAACAUUCAGGCGAGCUGUGGAAUCAGGGAAUACUGGUUCCCUUACAGUGCCAGAGGCUGGAAUCACAGACGAUACAUUGCAUACACCACAUAUAUUUCCCCAUAUAGCAGAUGUACUAUCUACAAGUAAUCAAAUGCUCUCUGAAAAUACUGUGCAAGAAUGUAAUAGUAUUUCCAUUAUUGAAAAAAGUGCAUCAGAAAAAUCAGUAAUUGAUUCUGAGGUUUGUACUAGUGUAAAACUCUCAGAAACAGAUGAGCAGAGUCUAAUGAAAGACAAGCUAACUGUUGACAGAAGUGUAACAUUAACAGAAAGUAUUAUUGAUCAAGUUACACAUACGCCAAUAAUGUCAAAACUUUUACAAGACCAAACUCCACAAUUAUCAAUAAAUGGCGAAGAAGUGCAGCUACUAUUAAAAACGUCUGAUGGAAAAUUAAUGCAACUAUCGGCGAUACCAAUUUGCGAUUCGAUUUACGCGAAUACCGCGCAAUCUUUAAAACAGCAAACAGUUGUUAUAAAGACAGACCCACCUUUACAAUGUACUGGAAAAGUAGAGGCUAAAAAAUCCACGGUUUCUACGCUAACUUUAGCAAAAAUGAAAUUGAAACAGACUCUAACAAAAAGUACCGAAUUGCAACAUUUGAAAUCGAACAAUAAUUCUGGGAAGAAUAAUGAGUUAAAUAGUUUAAAAAAAGAGAAUCGAAGUAAAACGAUGGAGGACCACGUGAAAAAGAAUCAGAUUCUUGAACGUAAUCGUGCGAGUUCAAUGCGGGCAAGGGCGAAAAGGAAAGCGUGGAUACAACAGCUCCAGAGGACGGUCGCCAACGUGAAUGAGACAAACGUAGCUUUGCAAAUGGAAAUAAAGGUCUUGCGUUCAGAAGUUGCCAAGUUGAAAACACUUUUAUUAGCUCAUAAAGAUUGUCCCGUUACCAGGGCGAUGCAGAAAGGAAAUGGUAUAAUACUCGGCCCUAAAAUAAUAUCAUUAAACUCAGACACAAUAAAUAAUUCGGCUUCAACAGGAACUUCGAUGAAACGAACGGCAUUUUCUUCUUCCGAAGUGCCUAUCAUGCCAAAGAAAAAACUGUCAAUGACGCACUCAAAGAACCCUGUCAUUUUCCCGAGAAUGGACUGCAAUACAAACCUAUCAGUUUCCAAUGCAGCAUUAAUUAAGACAGUACCUGCGCUCAAAAUUAUGGGAAUGGGACAGCUUUUGGAGAAGGAAGAAACGAAGCCGAUUUUGAUCGUUCAAAAUUCACCUAGAAAAAUUGAUAAUCCUAGACAAAUAAUUCAAUUAAAUCCUAAUUACGAGCUAGAACAAAGCGCGUCGAAAAGCAAUACAACGUAAAUACAACGUUCUAAAAAUUUGCUCAAGUGAAGAAAAGACAAGAAUAAUUGUUGAUUGAACAUUGUUAAAAUAUGUUUUCACAUAAAGGAAGAUACAGCACAAUUACGUGUACGUAUAUCUGUGAAGAGGAUCUUUUACUAUUUAUUUAUUAUAAUAAAAGAAAAUAUUUU